UUCUUUCCCUUAUUGUCCAUUAUUCCCUUUGGUGGGCGACUGCUUUUCUUCCUCUCUUGGAGCUAUGUUGAUCGGCUGGUCAAGCCUUUCUUUAUAUCGUUGUGGCGAUACUCGACGUUAGCCUAGCUAAUCAGGGGUCGAAAGGAAUCCAGUGGGAAAAUAAUCCCCAUUGGGUCGACCUAUUGCAGCUGCUGAAAUCCCGUGGAAGCAAGCUUCUAGCAAAAAAGAAGAGCAGAUAGACGAAAUGAGAUUAUUCUCCUCGCACUAAGAGUUCGGUGACUACUACCACUAGGCAGCGGAAGUCACAUACCCUAGCUUCCAAAAACCCAAACACUAAGAGACAGGCGGGUGUGCGCGCUAAAAAGAAUGGCAAGAUGGCCAAGGGCGGCAAUGUCUUGCUUCCCACAGUCAUGGGGGACGAGGAUGAUGCUGCUAGGAAGACCGUUGCUCCCUCAUCAGCUGAUCUGAGGGGAUCAAAGUCGAAAGAGGUGCCCCCUGAAUUGAUGGAUUUGAAUGAAGCAGCUUCGGAGGGUGAUGCUCAUCCUUAUGAACUGCGCCAGCGUGCUUCGGGGAGCAAAAAGAAACUGCAACGUCUAGCUCACUCAACCUGAGUGCGCCAAGUGGUGCAAGCUUUCAAGAAUGGGUUGCCCUGGCCGAUUCAAAGGGGGAGCUAGGUCUGCGCCAGCCAAAUAUCAUCGUGGCAACAGUAAGUUCGGAGCUGGCGAAGGAUGUGGAGGAAGACCUCGCUUAUGAUGAGUAUGGGGUCCAACUUAAGUGACCCUGGAUUCGGGGCUAAAAAACGUCAGAUUGAUGAGAUUGAUGGUGAAAUUGCUGAGACCCCAACACCUAAAAAACAGAUUGUGGAAGAAAAGGGUGCAACGAAGACGGUGAAGGAAGCCAACCGAGAAUGGCCUCAGACAGAUAAAUGAGGUUUCUCGCUAGGAAUGUGAGAGGAAUUAGACCAUCCCUCACAUUCCAAACUGAUGUUGGUUUAGUUCAUUCCAAUAAACCGGAUCUCGUGUUUUUUUUCCUUCUGAAACACGAUCGAGCCGAAGAGUACUGUCGCAUCGUAUGAUGGGCUUAGGUUUUGAUUUUUCUUGGUGCUUCUUUGUUGAUACGAUUGACGCAUCUGGCGGCUUAGUUGUAUCUUGGUCCCUCGGGGUUGACACUUCGGUGUUCUUUCAUUCCAAUUUUUGUAUUUGUGCCCAAAUUAAUGAAGUGAAAUUUUCUUAUGUUGUGAUUUUUGUUUACAUUAGCUGUAAUGUUGCAAUAAGAGCCUCCCAAUUGGCUCAACUCCAAGAAAUUUGUGUUGAUAUCCAUCUUCCCUAUGUAGUCAUAGGUUAUUUUAACACUAUUCUUAAUGAGGGUGAGAAAAAUGGUGGUCUCACGUGGAAUGCAAGUUGCAACUCAAUCUCAUAGCCUUCAUGAUUUUAUCCAUGAUGUAGGUCUUCAUGACCCCGGAUAUCAGGGAGACCUUUUCACCUGGAAAAAUAAACGAAUGGGAGCGGCUUGCAUCCGUGAGAGACUAGAUAGAGCCCUAUGCUCCUAGACUCGAAUUGAUCUCUUUCUGGAUACUCUUGUCAAUCAUUUUACGCACCAGGGAUCAGAUCAUCGUGCUUUGCUCCUUUCCGAUAAACCUUAUACACGGAAUAGUCGACCCCUUUUCCGUUUUGAUGCCCUAUGGGCGGACAAUAUUCCAGAGGUCAAGGCUAUGGUUCAGUAUAUCUGCCAGGAGGAUGUUCAGGGUACCCCUAUGUUUUAACUGUGGGAACGACUUAAGAAACUCCACCAUCUGCUAUACGAAUGGAGUAGAGCAGGCACUACGAACUCCUUGCGCAAUAUCAAAACCUUCCAGGCUGAAAUUGAUAGAAUAAAAUUAAACCAUCCUA